CGCGGGGGGGUCCCGCGGCACCGGGAGCGGCGAGGAGAGCGGCGGCGCCGGCACCUGCAGCGGUGCACGAGGCCAUGGAGGCACCGGGAGCACCGAGCGCGCCGCCCGUGACGCAGAUAGCGGGGGCACAAACGGCACCGGGAGCACAAUGAGCACCGGCGGCACCGGAGGCCGCGGAGGCACCGGGAGCGGCAGGGAGAGCGGCGGGGCGCGAGGCCGCGGAGGCACCGCGAGCACCGCGGACUCCGGCAGCGCCAGCGGCACCGGGAGCCCCGGCGGCACCGGGGAGAGCGGCGGCGCCGGCGCUCGUGGCCGUGCUUCCAGCCAGGGAGGCGCCGCGAGCACCGAGCGUGUGGCGCGCGCUGCGGGCACCGGGGGCUCUCGGUUCCCCGCAGGCACCGGCAGCGCCGGGAGCGCCGCCCGCAGCCCCGGGGCCGGCAGCUCUCCGGGCACGCUGCUCCGCCGCCGCCGCAGCCCCAACGCGGCGCCGCAGUUCCAGCCCCCCAGCUACCAGGCGGCGGUGCCGGAGAACCGCCCGGCGGGGACGGCGGUGACGCGGGUGACGGCGACCGACCCCGACGCGGGCGAGGCGGGCCGGCUGCGCUACGGCAUGGCCGCGCUGUUUGACAGCCGCUCCGACGCGCUCUUCGCCAUCGACCCCGACACCGGCGCCGUCACCACGGCCGCUCCGCUGGACCGGGAGAGCAAGAGCACGCACGUGUUCCGUGUGACGGCGGUGGAUCACGGCACGCCGCGGCGCAGCGCCAUGGCCACGCUGACGGUGACGGUGAGCGACGCCAACGACCACGACCCGGCCUUCGAGCAGCACGAGUACCGCGAGAGCGUGCGGGAGAACCUGGAGGUGGGCUACGAGGUGCUGACGGUGCGCGCCACCGACGGCGACGCCGGCCCCAACGCCAACGUGCUGUACCGGCUGCUCAACGCCGGCGGUGCCAACGAGGUCUUCGAGAUCGAUCCGCGCUCCGGCGUCAUCCGCACCCGCGGCCCCGUGGACCGCGAGGCCGUGGAGGCGUUCGAGCUGUUGGUGGAGGCCACGGACCAGGGCCAGGAGCCGGGGCCCCGCAGCGCCACGGCCACGGUGCGCAUCGCGGUGGAGGACGACAACGACAACGCGCCGCAGUUCAGCGAGAAGCGCUACGUGGCGCAGGUCCCCGAGGACGUGCCGCCCAACACGGCCGUGCUGCGGGUGACGGCCACCGACCGCGACAAGGGCAGCAACGCGCUGGUGCACUACAGCAUCGUCAGCGGCAACACGCGCGGCCACUUCUACAUCGACGCGCAGACGGGCGCGCUGGACGUGGUCAGCCCGCUGGAUUACGAGGCCAGCAAGGAGUUCACGCUGCGCAUCCGCGCGCAGGAUGGCGGGCGGCCGCCGCUCUCCAACAUCAGCGGUUUGGUCACCGUGCAGGUGCUGGACGUCAACGAUAACGCGCCCAUCUUCGUCAGCACGCCCUUCCAGGCCACCGUGUUGGAGAACGUGCCCGUGGGCUACUCCGUCAUCCACGUGCAAGCCAUCGACGCCGACUCGGGGGACAACGCCCGCCUGGCUUACACCCUCCUGGAGACCGGCGCCGGCUUCCCCUUCGCCAUCAACAACAGCACCGGGUGGAUCGUGGUGGCCUCCGAGCUGGACCGGGAAGCGGUGGACUUCUACAGCUUCGGGGUGGAGGCGCAGGACCAGGGCAGCCCCCCCAUGGCGUCCUCGGCCAGCGUCAGCGUCACCGUCCUGGACGUCAACGACAACAGCCCCGAGUUCACGCAGCGCGAGUACAGCGCCCGCCUCAACGAGGACGCGGCGGUGGGCAGCAGCGUGCUGACCGUCUCCGCCGUCGACCGCGACGCCAACAGCGUCAUCACCUACCAGAUCUCCAGCGGCAACACCCGCAACCGCUUCUCCAUCACCAGCCAGAGCGGCGGGGGGCUCCUCUCGCUCGCCCUGCCGCUGGACUACAAGCUGGAGCGGCACUACCUGCUCACCGUCGCCGCCUCCGACGGCACGCGCCAGGACACGGCCCAGGUGGUGGUCAACGUCACCGACGCCAACACGCACCGCCCCGUCUUCCAGAGCUCCCACUACACCGUCAACGUCAACGAGGACCGCCCGGUGGGCACCACGGUGGUGGUCAUCAGCGCCACGGACGAGGACACGGGGGAGAACGCCCGCAUCACCUACCUGAUGGAGGACAGCAUCCCGCAGUUCCGCAUCGCGCCCGACACGGGGGCCGUCACCACGCAGAUGGAGCUGGACUACGAGGACCAGGUGUCCUACACGCUGGCCAUCACGGCCCGUGACAACGGCAUCCCGCAGAAGUCCGACACCACCUACCUGGAGAUCCUGGUGAGCGACGUCAACGACAACGCGCCCCAGUUCCUCCGCGACUCCUACCAGGGCUCCGUCUACGAGGACGUCCCCGCCUUCACCAGCGUCCUCCAGGUCUCGGCCACCGACCGUGACUCGGGGCUCAACGGAAGGGUCUUCUACACCUUCCAGGGCGGUGACGAUGGCGACGGCGACUUCAUCGUUGAGUCCACCUCGGGCAUCGUGCGCACCUUGCGCCGCCUGGACCGGGAGAACGUGCCGCUCUAUGCCCUGCGGGCGUACGCCGUUGACAAGGGCGUGCCGGCCAGGCGGACGCCGGUGGAGAUCCAGGUGACGGUGCUGGAUGUCAACGACAACCCUCCGGUGUUUGAGCGCGAUGAGUUUGACAUCUUCGUGGAGGAGAACAGCCCCAUCGGGCUGGUGGUGGCUCGCAUCACGGCCACCGACCCCGACGAGGGCCCCAACGCGCAGAUCAUGUACCAGAUCGUGGAGGGCAACAUCCCCGAGGUCUUCCAGUUGGACAUCUUCUCCGGGGAGCUCACCGCCUUGGCCGACCUGGACUACGAGGCCAAAGCGGAGUACGUCAUGGUGGUGCAGGCCACCUCGGCCCCGCUGGUGAGCCGUGCCACCGUCCACGUGCGCCUGCGCGACGCCAACGACAACAGCCCCCAGCUGAGGAACUUCGAGAUCGUCUUCAACAACUACAUCACCAACCGCUCGGGCAGCUUCCCCGGCGGCGUCAUCGGACGCAUCCCGGCGCGCGACCCCGACGUCUCUGACAGCCUCACCUACUCCUUCGAGCAAGGCAACGAGCUCAACCUGGUGCUGCUGGACCCGCGCACCGGGGACCUGCGCCUCAGCCCGGCGCUGGACAACAACCGCCCGCUGGAGGCCGUCAUGAGGGUCUCGGUGUCGGACGGAGUCCACAGCGCCACGGCGCAGUGCACGCUGCGGGUGACGGUGAUCACGGACGAGAUGCUGAGCAACAGCAUCACGCUGCGCCUGGCCGACAUGUCCCAGGAGCGCUUCCUCUCGCCGCUGCUCAGCCUCUUCCUGGAGGGGGUGGCGGCGGUGCUGGCCGCCCCCCGGCACCGCGUCGUCCUCUUCAACAUCCAGACGGACACGGACGUGGCGGCCGCGCGCAUCCUCAACGUCAGCCUGUCGGUGCGGCUGCCGGCCUCGGCGCGCGGCGCCCGCUUCUUCUCCUCGGAGGAGCUGCAGGAGCGGCUCUACCUGAACCGCUCGCUGCUGGCCGCCAUCUCGGCGCAGCGCGUGCUGCCCUUCGAUGACAACAUCUGCCUGCGCGAGCCCUGCGAGAACUACAUGCGCUGCGUCUCCGUGCUCAAGUUCGACAGCUCCGCGCCCUUCCUGGCCUCCGACACCGUCCUCUUCCGGCCCAUCCACCCCGUCACCGGCCUGCGCUGCCGCUGCCCGCCCGGCUUCACCGGCGACUACUGCGAGACGGAGGUGGACCUCUGCUUCUCCAGCCCCUGCGGCGGCAACGGGCGCUGCCGGAGCCACGAGGGCGGCUACACCUGCGAGUGCCACGAGGACUUCACUGGGGAGCACUGCGAGCUGAGCACCCGCCGUGGCCGCUGCGCACCGGGGGUCUGCCGCAACGGGGGCACCUGCGUCAACCUGCUGGUGGGGGGGUUCCGCUGCGAGUGCCCCCCCGGGCACUACGAGAAGCCCUUCUGCGCCAUGAGCACCCGCAGCUUCCCCCCGCGCUCCUUCAUCACCUUCCGGGGCCUCCGGCAGCGCUUCCACUUCACCCUCACCCUGACGUUCGCCACCAAGGAGCGGGACGCGCUGCUGCUCUACAACGGGCGCUUCAACGAGAAGCACGACUUCGUGGCGCUGGAGAUCGUCCGCGAGCAGAUCCAGCUCACCUUCUCGGCGGGUGAGACCACCACCACAGUGUCCCCGUUUGUUCCGGGUGGUGUCAGCGAUGGGCAGUGGCACCGGGUGCAGCUGCACUACUACAACAAGCCCGUGCUGGGCAAGUCGGGGCUGCCGCAGGGCCCCUCGGAGCAGAAGGUGGCGGUGGUGGCGGUGGACGACUGCGACGUGGGCAUGGCCCUGAAGUUCGGCCCCGUGCUGGGCAACUACUCGUGCGCGGCACAGGGCACCCAGUCCGGCUCCAAGAAGUCGCUGGAUCUGACGGGGCCGCUGCUGCUGGGUGGGGUGCCCACCCUGCCCGAGAGCUUCCCCAUCCGCAGCCGCCACUUCGUGGGCUGCAUGCGGCACCUGCGCGUGGACGAGCGCCCCGUGGACAUGGCCGCCUUCAUCGCCAACAACGGCACCGUGCCAGGCUGCCCCGCCAAGAAGACGGUGUGCGACGCCGGCACGUGCCACAACGGGGGCACCUGCGUGCACGAGUGGGACGGCUUCAGCUGCCUGAGCGAGGGGCAGGCGGAGGCAGGCAUGUGGCAGGGGGGGUCCCGCCUGGCCCUGCUGCGCCUGCCCCACGCGAGGGUCAACGACGGCGCCUGGCACCACCUCCAGCUGGAGCUGCGGGGGGACCCCGGCCGCGAGCCCCCCACCACCCUGCUGCUCCUCGCCCUCGACUACGGCCGCCACCAGGCGGCGGCCGACGUGGCCGGGGGGCUGCAGGGGCUGCGGCUGCGGGCGCUGAGCGUCGGGGGGCUGCAGGGGGACAGCGGGCAGGUGGAGCAGGGAUUCCGCGGCUGCGUGCAGGGUGUGCACGUGGGGACGGUGGGCAGCGCGGUGACACUGGAGGUGGCAACGGCCGCGCGGGUGAACGUGGAGGGGGGCUGCGCUCUGCCCGACCCCUGCGACUCGGGGCCGUGCCCGCCCCACAGCUACUGCAGUGACGACUGGGACAGCUUCUCCUGCAGCUGCCAACCCGGUUACUUCGGUGACAGCUGCAUCAGCGCCUGCGCCCUCGACCCCUGCGAGCACCGGGGCAGCUGCGUGCGCAGGGCGGGUGCCCCCCACGGCUACGCCUGCGAGUGUCCCCAGGGCUACUUCGGGCCGUACUGCGAGCACAGGGUGGACCAGCCGUGCCCGCGGGGCUGGUGGGGGCACCCCACCUGCGGCCCCUGCAGCUGCGACGUCACCAAAGGCUUCGACCCCGACUGCAACAAGACAACGGGCGAGUGCCGCUGCAAGGAGAACCACUACCGCCCGGCGGGCGGUGACACCUGCCUGCUGUGCGACUGCUACCCCACCGGGUCCCUGUCGCGCCUCUGCGAUGCCACCAGCGGGCAGUGCCCCUGCAAGCCCGGCGUCAUCGGGCGGCACUGCGACCGCUGCGAUAACCCCUUCGCCGAGGUGACGGCCAGCGGCUGCGAAGUCAACUAUGACAGCUGUCCCCGUGCCAUUGAGGCCAGCAUCUGGUGGCCCAGGACGCGCUUCGGGCUGCCCGCCGCUGCCCCGUGCCCCAAGGGCUCCAUCGGCACAGCGGUGCGUCACUGCGACGAGCACAAGGGCUGGCUGCCCCCCAACCUCUUCAACUGCACCUCGCUGGCCUUCGCCGCCCUCAAAGGCUUCGCGGAGCGCUUGGUGCGCAACGAGUCGGUGCUGGACACGGCGCAGUCGCAGCGGGUGGCCCUGCAGCUGCACAACGCCACGCGGCACACGGCCGCCUACUUCGGCAGCGACGUGCGCCUGGCGUACCGGCUGGCAGCGCGGCUGCUGCAGCAUGAGAGCGCCCAGCGGGGCUUCCGCCUGGCCGCCACGCAGGACGUCCACUUCACCGAGAACCUGCUGCGGGUGGGCAGCGCGCUGCUGGAUGCCAGCAACAAGCGGCACUGGGAGCUGAUCCAGCAGACGGAGGGCGGCACGGCGUGGCUGCUGAAGCACUUUGAGGACUACGCCAGCGCCCUGGCACAGAACAUGCGCCAGACCUACCUCAGCCCCUUCACCAUCGUCACCCCCAACAUCGUGGUGUCAGUGGUGCGGUUGGACAAGGGCAGCUUCGCGGGCGCCCGGCUGCCACGCUACGAGGCGCUGCGAGGGGAGAAGCCCCCUGACCUGGAGACCACCGUCAUUCUGCCCGAGAGCGUCUUCCGGCCCCCCGAGGGCAGGCGCCCCACUGCUGGGCAUGGAAAGGCAUCGCCGAGCACAGGUGGGCAGCAGCAGCAGCAGCAGCAGCAGCAGCAGCAGGAGGAGGACGAGGAGGAGGAGGAUGAAGAGGCUGCGGGGGAUGAGGAGGAGGACGAGGUGACCCUGGUGACCCGGCACAAGCGGCACCCGGAGCCCAGCGAGGGCCAGGCCAUCGCCAGCGUCAUCAUCUACCGCACGCUGGCGGGGCUCCUGCCCGAGCAGUACGACACCGACAAGCGCAGCCUCAGGGUGCCCAAGCGCCCCAUCAUCAACACGCCGGUGGUGAGCAUCAGCGUGCACGCUGCGGCAGAGCGGGCGCCGCGGGCGCUGGAGAAGCCCAUCACGCUGCAGUUCCGUCUGCUGGAAACCCAGGAGCGCUCCAAACCCAUCUGCGUCUUCUGGAACCACUCGCUGCUGUGAGCCGGGACGGGGACGGGGACGGGGCAGCAUUUCUGUGGGGUGGGCACAGGGGCGUGGGAGUGGAUGGGGAGCACUGUGGGAUGGGGACAGCAUUGUGAGUGGUGACGUGGGAGGGUGGCACGAGGCUGGGGCAGCCCAGUCCCUGGUUGGAGUUUCCCAUUGUGGGGUGUUCCACUGUGGG